UUUUAGAGCAUCUUUCUAUAAACCAUUUUUCAAAUUUGUCCUAAAACAUUAUCAUUUUCACAAUGAAAAAGAAAAAUAAUACAAUAGGCACUCUGGCGUGAUCCAGAAACGCAUUUCUGGCUCGAAGUUGAGUGGGAGUGUUUGGGAGCCAAAUGGGUCUUCUGAGCAUCAUCAGAAAAAUCAAGCGGAAAGAGAAGGAAAUGCGAAUUUUGAUGGUCGGAUUGGACAAUUCGGGGAAAACUACAAUCGUUUUGAAGAUAAACGGAGAGGACACUAGUGUCAUCAGUCCCACGCUUGGCUUCAACAUCAAAACCAUUGCUUACCAAAAGUACACCCUAAAUAUAUGGGAUGUUGGGGGGCAGAAAACAAUAAGAUCUUACUGGAGAAAUUACUUUGAGCAAACAGAUGGGUUGGUUUGGGUGGUUGACAGUUCAGAUCUGAGAAGGUUGGAUGAUUGCAAAUUGGAGUUGGAUAAUCUUCUCAAGGAAGAGAGGCUGUCUGGAGCAUCUUUACUGAUAUUAGCAAAUAAACAGGACAUAAAAGGUGCCCUUACACCCGAAGAAAUAGCAAAGGUGCUGAACUUGGAAGCCAUGGAUAACUCUCGGCAUUGGCAGAUAGUUGGCUGUAGCGCAUACACUGGUGAGGGUCUGCUCGAGGGAUUUGAUUGGCUGGUCCAGGACAUUGCCUCUAGAAUCUAUAUGCUUGACUGAUGCUUGUUUAUGGCAUCUUCCGUGAAAUUUGUCCAAUUUACAAGAGAAUUCUAAAACCCAAUAUUUUUUCUUAGGAAGAGAUUAUGGAUUCACUGCCUCACUGAUAUUUUUUUUCUUAGGAGGGGGAUGGGUUGGUGCCUGUAAAAUUGAUAUUUGAUUUUGAAGCAGCCAGAUAUUGGAUUGCUUGCAGGUUACAUACCUGUCAUGCACAUGUGAAAAUUUAGAAUACUUGAUUAUGAAUAGGGAUUCACCUUUUUAGCUA